CUUAUUAAAUAGGUAUUCAUGAUCCAAUUUUCAUUCCUUUUUAUGCUCUGUGGCUUUUGUAUAGCACAACAUACGCCACUAAGCGAACCAGCGGUUGUUUACCACACGAAUAUCAAGUAUGAACCAUCUUACUUUAACUGUUCAUCGACGUCAUAUGCUAUCAAAUAUUCGCCCUACAUCUCCGUGUCCAAUAUAGUUGGACUACAAACUGACUGUGUUUUCAAUGCCGACUCUUUCUACAUAACGCUAUGGACUGAAGACAAGCCAUAUACUGGGAUUUUGAAAGCCGCUCUUCCAUUUAUUGCAGCAUUUGCCGUGAAAGGUGUUGGCAUUACUGACGCAUCAAAUCAAGAUGCUUUUAACUCUGUCUGCAAAGAUUUGAUUGACAAACUUAUCAAAGUCUGGAUCAGCGUUGACAGUGAAUAUGACCUUCAAAUUGACCCCCAAACAGUUUCGUUGGAUUCCGGUGGUGAAAAUUGCAUCGGAUACUACCAGUUCUUCUCGAAGAUUGGAAAAUUCAAAGUAAUGAAAAGCGCGAUCAAACAAGAUGAACUCAACUCAGAAAAUGCGAUUGUCUUUAUGUCAGAUGAUCUUCUCUCGAGCAGCUUUGAAUAUUACGAGUUGAAGUACUGCUCUUCGGAAAAGAAACCCAUGAAAUUGAGACACGGAGGUGCGGUACAAAAUCCUAUGGCUGUUCUUGACGGAGAAUAUCCCUCGGGCACCCAAUGCUACUACCAGGUUGUGCCAGAGGCCGAUCACUGCCACACCGUCCUCUUUUUCGAACAGUCGCCAUUCGAGACUAGAGAAGAAUGUGAGCUCUGGGCAAUUGAGGCAAGUUUUGUGCACACAAACGGCACAAAAGUGACAGAGUCUUAUGAUUGUUCUAAUCUGGUGGAAAAUGCCCACGCCAAUCCGCCCUGGAUCAUCCACAGUUCAGAUCCUCUCGUUAAACUAAGAUUCGGAAAGGCAACUGGGAUUCCGUCGAGUGCGGACAGACUAGACCGGUUUAAGCUGAGAGCUUCGUGCCUGCAUACAGCUGAGUAUGAUGAUGCGCACGACGAGGAGGCUUUGGUCUGUUCCUCUGAGUGUGACAACAAAGAGGAAGAAGCGAGUCACUAUGCGAGGCCAUGCUACGGACGGUCCGCGAGAGAGUGUGUGGCCUGCAAGUACGCCAUAGACGAGAGCCAGUGUGUGUCCCAGUGUCCGGCAGACAAGUUCAAGAACGAAAUGAAAGUGUGCGAGAUGUGCAACUACAGAUGUCUCGGAGAGCAAUCGUGUCUCUCGCGAUUUCAACUGGGAUGUUUCAAAGUGUGCAGCAACGAAGAGCCCUUUAGAGUAAUGAAGCAUACCAAGCGACAAACCGUGGAAUUUGAUAACGAGGAAACUUACCUUGGUUACUACGCAGAACAAAACUCGUUUUCGUGUAAGCCCAGAUGUGUCACUGGCAUGGCAGCCAUCUUCAUUAUUAACGGGACCUUUUACGAGAAUGAAGAGAGGUACAUGACCCCACAGGGGGCACUAGACAACAAUCUACUGGAUAAAAUGGACGCCCAGUGUGCGACCACUUGUCCAGUGGGGUAUGAGAAAGGCAGGUGUGUUAAAAGUGGGCCAUACAAGAACAUGGACUGGUGUUGUGCAAUUGUCCCGAGCGAGAUGUCCUUCGUUACAAAGCUUCUCAUCUUCGCGUUGGUUCCAAUGAUAUCGGGGGCUUUGCUGGUGCUGCUGAUUGUUUUGAUCAUCUACGGCAUCAAACGCCACAGAAAGACAGAGUGGAAGAAAAUUGAAGCCCUGAGGGCCUUUUACGUGGGCGAAGGAAAGUCUAACAUCAGGGGCAUUGCGAACCGAGGUCAGCUUCUAAUUGUGGAACCUGACGCCAUUGAGAAGAAGCAAGUAAUAGGUCAAGGUGCUUUUGGAUGCGUCUACAGUGCUUUGUGGAAGCCUCCAAAUGAAAACAUUGAGAUUCCAGUUGCUGUGAAAGAGCUGAAAAAUGACCCCAGACUGGCCAACCAGAGCAAUGAGUUACUGGAAGAAGCUAAGUUGAUGGCUACAGUGAACCACGACAACCUUGUUCGGCUAAUCGCCAUUUCCAUGAACGAACCGAUGAUGUUGAUCACCAAGUUUAUGACCCACGGAGGCUCCAUUCAGUUCAUAGUGCGCCACAAGGACAUCAUGACGUCAUAUCAGUUCAUGGAAUGGGCCAGACAGCUGGCAGCCGGAAUGGCACAUCUGGAAUCACUCGGAAUGAUACACAGAGACCUGGCUGCGCGUAAUGUGUUGGUGGAAGACCCCAAAAGGAUCCGCAUCUCUGACUUCGGCCUGUCUAAACUGUUGGACGCGGACAAGGACGAGCAGGACUACCAGGCAGACGACAGCAAACUGCCCAUCAGGUGGCUGGCCAAAGAGUGUCUCACAGGUCGUCUGUUCUCGCACAAGAGUGACGUGUGGGCGUAUGGGGUGACCCUCUGGGAGUUCUUCGUGUAUGGGGUGGACAAGCCAUACGGCAAAGUGGAUCUGCAGACAGUUAAAGACCUCGUGAUCAGAGGCAGACGACUGGUGCAGCCACAAACAUGCUCUCUGGAGUUAUACACUCAGAUGCUCAAGUGUUGGAUGACAGUGCCCGACAGCAGACCCUCGUUCACAUAUCUGGAGAACUGGUUUGCAGAGUCCAGAGAUUGUGCAUCAAAGUACUUCUUCACUAAGUACCGAAAUGAGCCUCUGGAGGCGCCUGCAAAACUUCAGAGCAACAUUGUCAAUUUAUCGUCUACGAGCAACAACAGCAACGAGCAGCAUCAAAAUGAACAGCCCCUUCAAAUGGGUAUGGGCGGUGACCAUGUAGGUAACAAUGAUGCGCCGCCACUGAAUUACAUGGACGUGUAUAGGCCUUCUACAGGCAAAAGUAACGCACCAAGUAACGAAAAUUUUUCGCAACGCACCACCGCCGAGGCGGAUGUCAAGCCGUGGGAGAGAGUAGCUGACGGUGGGCCAAGAGGGGGUAAGCCCAAUCGGGGGGCUCAAGGGGGUGGGUUUGAACAGCAUCAGGGCGACAACAGUGUCCCUAGGAGGGAAGAUUCUGGAAGUGAUGAAGAGUAUCUGAUGCCCCAGAAGAGGCCCCCACCCCCUGCACUUCUAGGAUCAGCUCCGCCUCUGGGCCCCAAUCCUAACUCAUCCCACUUCCGAGAGGUGGAAGAGGACGAGUAUCUUCGCCCAGUACCCAUGCCACGAUCAGUGAACGAACCCGACUCCCGCCGCAUCCCGAGAGUUCCAAACCCGACGAGCUCAGUGGAAGCGGACAACUCGGGAGGCAUCCACGAUUUCAGCAUCGAGACCAGAGAGAACGAGUUGCAGAAAUAUUUCCCCGGAAUCGAUGUCAAAAAGUUUGACAAGGCUCACAACAUUAUGGAGAAGGACUACGAUUCGUCUUUAGAGCCAAGCAACUAUAAAGCAUCUCGACAAGCUUCUACAGACGUGAACGACGAAAAUGAGAUGAAAAACAGCAGAGAAAAUAUGAAUGGCUCAGAUAAAAAUCUGGACAGAAAAGGAAAAGCGAGAAUUUCACAGAGAUGGAAGGAUAAAAAAAUUAAGCCACCAUUGCAGCAACAGGACAACGUUAACCCUUCUGGAGACUACUCUGAUGUAGCGACUAGACAGCCACAUCCCUCAUCAUCACAGCACAACGUACAAGCUGGAGGUCAAUCUGGUACAGGCAACGAAGGACAACAGCGCGUAGCCCCUGCAGAAUCCAUGCGCAGAUAUCUACCCGCAGAGAGCUCCGUCUGAACGAGAAAAACAGAGCACAACACAAAGCACCAAACUAAACGGGAGAUGUCAAAUUUAAUGUAAUUAAUUAGAUAUAAAAAGACUUAUGAAUUAGCUCACCUUUAUUCUAUCCUGCUUUACGAAUGCAUUUUCAUUUGCUUGAUUUAAGAUAACCUUCGUUGGAAUAAUACGUGCCCGAAAUAUUCAUUUCUUAACAAAAGUGCUAUGAUGUUUUAACAACAUUUUAUUGUCCAACACAUUGAAAUUAAUUUGAACUUUGUUCAAAAACUUUGCAGCUGCAAUCGGCAUUGGCGCCAACUUGCUUAAGACUUCAAGAAAACAUAAAAUGAGUAAUUCAAAAGAAUAUGUCUUUUCUUAGGGAAGUUUUUGAGGCUCCAAACAUUGGACAGUAAACUUGUUAAUAACCAUACUGCGUCCAUGGUUUACAGUGACCGUGACCUUGCACAAAGAAUUCGCCCAAUAUUCAUUUUGCUACAAACUUUUGGCCAGGUCUCCAAAGAUAUCAGUUUAUAUAGGUUUUAAUAUUCUUUUCUGCCGAAUGCACAAAAUGGUUGCUUUUGUAUUUUCACCAGAUUUUUUCUAUUUUUCCACUCAUGUCCAUAUAGUCAAUCGUUUUCUACGUAAUAGUGAUUUUGAUGUGUUGUUGGAAUUAUUCAGUGUGUGAUAAUCGAAUCAAAUAAACUAAUUUGCUAUUUGUAAAUUCAACUAAUUUUUGGCGCAACUUCAUAAUUCGAAUCGUCAUGGGCGUAAGUCUUCUGCAUGAUGGUCGGUCUCAAGAAAGUAUCCUUUGUUUUGUAGGGCUUGAGAUCAAACGCUGGCUUAAGUCAACAAGGACGGUUUUAUUUUCGGUACUUACC